ACCCAUCCAGUGAACCCGAAGAGAUGGAGCUUUCAAGUCUUUCCAGAGAGGAAUGUCCCAAGCACCUGGGUAGGAUGGGCAUCGUGGCUGUCAGCCUCACGGGAUUGCUUCUACUUCAGGCAAUAUCAUGGGCAUCAGGUGCUCACCCCUGCAUCCCUCAAAGCUUUGGCUAUAGCUCAGUGGUCUGUGUCUGCAAUGCCACGUACUGUGACUCUCUUGACCCCCUGACACUUCCUGCCCGUGGCACCUUUAGCCUCUAUGAGAGCACACGUAGUGGGCGUCGGAUGGAGCUGAGUAUGGGGACCAUCCAGACAAGUCGUACAAGUAAAGGGCUGCUACUGACCUUGCAGCCAGAAAAGAAAUACCAGAAAGUGAAGGGAUUUGGAGGGGCCAUGACAGAUGCUGCUGCUCUCAACAUCCUUGCCCUCUCACCACCUGCACAGAAUUUGCUUCUCAAAUCAUACUUCUCUGAAGAAGGAAUAGAAUACAACAUCAUCCGGGUACCCAUGGCCAGCUGUGACUUUUCCAUCCGUACCUACACCUAUGCUGACAUCCCUGAUGAUUUCCAGUUGUACAACUUCAGCCUCCCAGAUGAAGAUACCAAGCUCAAGAUACCCCUGAUUCACCGAGUCCUGGAAAUGACCCGACGCCCCAUCUCACUCUUUGCCAGUCCCUGGACAUCACCUACUUGGCUCAAGACCAAUGGGGCAGUGAAUGGGAAGGGGUCACUCAAGGGUCAGCCAGGGGAUAUCUACCACCAGACCUGGGCCAGAUACUUUGUCAAGUUCCUGGAUGCCUACGCUGAGCAUAAUUUACGAUUCUGGGCUGUGACAGCUGAGAAUGAGCCUACUGCAGGGCUGUUUAGUGGUUACCCCUUCCAGUGCCUGGGCUUCACUCCUGAACACCAGCGAGAUUUCAUCGCCCGUGACCUGGGUCCCACCCUCGCCAAUAGUACUCACCGUGAUGUCCAUCUGCUCAUGUUGGAUGACCAACGCCUGCUGCUGCCCCACUGGGCCCAGGUGGUACUGGCAGACCCAGAGGCAGCUAAGUAUGUUCAUGGUAUUGCUGUGCACUGGUACCUGGACUUUCUGGCCCCAGCAAAGGCCACCCUGGGUGAGACACACCGCCUAUUUCCCAACACCAUGCUCUUUGCCUCAGAAGCCUGUGUGGGCUCUAAGUUUUGGGAACAGAGUGUGCGGCUAGGCUCCUGGGACCGAGGGAUGCAGUACAGCCACAGCAUCAUCACGAACCUUCUCUACUACGUGGUUGGCUGGACUGACUGGAAUCUUGCCCUGAACCCUGAAGGGGGACCCAACUGGGUGCGCAAUUUUGUUGAUAGCCCCAUCAUUGUGGACAUCACCAGGGACACAUUUUACAAACAGCCUAUGUUCUACCACCUUGGGCACUUCAGCAAGUUCAUUCCUGAGGGAUCCCAGAGAGUGGGGCUGGUUGCCAGUGAGAAGAAUGACUUGGACACAGUGGCACUGAUGCGACCUGAUGGCUCUGCAGUUGUAGUUGUGUUAAACCGCUCCUCUAAGGAUGUGCCUCUCACCAUUGAGGAUCCUGCCGUGGGCUUCCUGGAGACUAUGGCACCUGGCUACUCCAUUCAUACCUACCUGUGGCGUUGCCAGUGAUGGAUCUGAUACCCAAGCCACAGGCACCUGGGUUCAGCUUGGACAUUAAAAGGACAGAGACAAUUCACAUGCUAUCUGUGACUAAAGAGGGCACAGCAGGGCCAAGGAGAGCUUAUGGUGAUGUAAGCCCACAAACAGUGGUUUGGAUGACUCACUUCCCCCUCUAGUUGGUGCCAGGGGCUGGAGGCCCCUAGAAAGAGGAUCAGGAAGCCCCAGUGGCCUCCUGCCCCCCAUGCUUGUGUGAGCGUGUGCUAUGUGCUGGUUGUCUGUGGAAACUGGGCCCAGGACCAGGGUGAGCUCACUGUACAAACACAGGAUGGGGGAGCAGGCGGAGGUUAAGGAAAGGAAGAGACUAGGAAAGCUGACCCAAAACUGGCCCUGCUUGUCUUUCCUGGAGAUGCAGAUGGCCCUUGGGGAGGCACUACAAGCAUCAGGGCACAGGAGGUCCAGAAGCCCAGUACAGUGGGUAGGCUCAGGCCCCCCAGAUGACCCCAUGGCACCAGCAAGGCCAAAUGGAGGCCCCUUAAAGCAGAGACUGUCUGA